AUGAAGAACAGAAAGUUCAACAAACUCAAACAAAAAUACUUUGAAGAUAAUGGUGGCUUAUUUUUAAAGCAAGAACUGGCCAGUUAUGCUGGAUCUGUUCGGACAGCAGCCAGAAUUUUUACUGAAGAAGAACUUAAAAAGGCCACAAACAAUUAUCAUGUAAGCGGAAAAAUUGGUGAAGGAGGCUAUGGAACUGUUUACAAAGGAAUACUGUCAAAUGAACAAGUGGUUGCCAUAAAGAAGUCCAAAGCUAGUGCCCCAAUUACCGAGAGUAAGCAAUUUGUUAACGAGGUGAUUGUUCUUUCUCAAAUCCACCAUAAAAAUGUUGUGAGACUGCUAGGUUGUUGUUUGGAGACCCAAACACCAAUAUUGGUUUACGAGUUCAUCGCCCAUGGCACUCUUUAUGAGCACAUUCAUAGGAAAAACAACAAAGGAACAUCACCCUUUUCAUUGCCAUUACGAUUGAAGAUAGCAUCAGAUACAGCAGAGGCACUAGCUUACUUGCACUACUCCACUUCUACCCCGAUCAUACACCGAGAUGUGAAAGCAACAAAUAUACUAUUAGACGAAAACUACACGGCAAAAGUAUCCGAUUUUGGAGCUUCACGAUUGGUUCCUGAUCAAGAUGAAGACAAACUAUCAACUUUUGUGCAAGGGGCAGUCGGAUACUUAGACCCUGAAUAUCUUCAGUCAAACAUACUAACAGAAAAGAGUGACGUCUAUAGUUUCGGAGUUGUCCUAGUGGAGCUACUCACAAGCCAAAGGGCUCUUCGUUUUGAAAAGCCUGAGGAAGAGAGAAACCUAGCAAAAGUCUUUGUUUCCUUGUUGGACUCGGAUCGCUUGGGUCAAAUUCUUGAUGAUGAAAUAGUGGAGGGACACUUUGAGAGAGUCACAAAAGUGGCCGAUCUGGCAAAAAGAUGCUUAAGGCUAAGAGGGGAAGAAAGGCCGUCCAUGAAAGAAGUAGCUGCAGAGCUCGAUGGAUUAGUGCCAACUAUGGAACUGUAUCCAAGUGGAGGAAAGCCUAGUUUCCCUCGAACUCAGAAAGAUACCGACUACUUGCUUGGGUCACCUGUUUCAAGCUCUUCCUUUGUGGAUAUCAGAGGUGAGGGUGAUGCUGGUAGUUAUAGUAGUAUUUUAAUCAGUGCAGAUUAUGAGAGGAGCAUGCAAAAUCAAAUCCAGAUGGUAACGCCUUAUGGAGAUGGGCGAUAA